AUGAUAAUUUUAUACAAAAAUGGUACUGCAAGUAAGAAACUCUGCAAAGACUGGUACAAAAAAAGAUUAAAAAGUAAAGAAGACGAACGAAGCAGAAUUGUUCAAAUGGCUGCUGAAAUUGUUUUAGAAGAUAUACGGUCUAAAGUAUACGAUAUGAAUUACUACGAAAUUCCAGAUUUAAACGAAGGCAAUCUCUUUAAGGAUGUUCCUGAAUCUUUACAAGUUUUUUUGAAUAUUGUGUGCAAAAGUAAUAAACAAAAGAGUACAAAUAAUGUUAGUAGGAUGGACAAAAAGCAGCCACAGAGUCUCAUUGUAUCAUCACAUCCGUAA